CCACGCUCUGCUGUGGAUUAUUUUGACUUUUCUACCUCUUUUCAACGUUGCUUUAUUAAUUUUCUUCUUGUUUAAAGAUUAAACCCACGGUUGGCCUCCAAAAGUUUGAUCCAAGUGGCCAGCGUUCGGAGGAUGUUUUGAUGGUCUUCCAACAGAGUAGAGUUUUGUUUCUGAAGAUUUCUGGACCUGAAGAUUUCUGGACCUCAAACUGUUUCUUAAGGCCUAGUAUCUGCUCAUCUUGUUGAAGAUGGACAGUAAGAGUGAUGGUGCUAGGAAUCAGCUUCUUCAUUUUGACCUUCAUAUUGACGAACAUAAGCCUCAUAAAGGAAUCCUGGAUCUCCUCGGCAGACUCCGUCCUAAUUGGGAUGCACAGGACAUUCAGAUGAAGAGGUUCACAGAGGGCAUCACCAACCAGCUGAUGGGCUGCUUCGUGGCGCCUCUCCAGGAGCCCGGCUGUGUUCUGGUGCGUCUGUACGGCCAGAUGACGGAGCUCUUUGUGAACCGGGACCGGGAGCUGGAGAUGUUUCAGGUCCUGCACGCCCACGGCUGCGGGCCGCAGAUUUUCUGCAGCUUCCAGAACGGCAUCUGCUACGAGUUUGUGAGAGGAACCGUGCUGGAGGACGAGCUGCUGCUGCAACCCUCCAUCUACAGAUUGAUCGCAGCAGAGAUGGGGAGAAUCCACUCCAUCCAGCCAAAAUGUGGUGCGCCUGCUGAACCUCUUCUCUGGACCAAAAUGUCCCACUUUCUCACGCUGGUGCAGAGCCAGAACAGCAGCUCAGAGGAGCAGCGCGGCACAAAAAGUCCCGUGCCCAGCUUUGAGACGUUGUCGGCUGAAAUGGAGUCUUUGAAGAGACACCUCUCGCAGAUCGACUCCCCGACCGUCCUCUGCCACAACGACCUUCUCACAAAAAACAUCAUCUACAACCACAAAGAGGGUAUGGUGAAAUUCAUUGACUACGAGUACGCCGAUUACAACUACCAGGCCUUCGAUAUUGGCAAUCACUUCAAUGAAUUUGCUGGUGUGAACGAUGUGAACUACAGCCGGUACCCGAGCCGAGAGCUGCAGCGUGAUUGGCUGACGGCGUAUCUGCAGAGCUACAAUCACAGCACAGGACGUGAGGUCACCGUGACAGAGGCUGAAGUCACGAAGCUCUACAUUCAAGUCUGCAAAUUCUCCCUGGCAUCCAACUUCUUCUGGGGAGUUUGGGCCAUCCUGCAAUCACGGUUCUCCUCCAUUGACUUUGACUUUGAAAGAUAUGCCACCGCACGACUCAACUACUACUUUGAGAAGAAAGAAGAAUACUUUGGAUUGCAAAUAAUCUAGAAUUAAAAGAUAACGGACCAACCUUUUUUCAAAUCAGGCGUACCGUUUCUUUUCUCUGUAAAUCCGAGAAGAAGUGACCAAAGUCCCGACCUUAGAGACGUGCUCCUCACUGUUAGUUAUUUCAGGCUGGAGUGUGAGAUAACAUGUUUUGCUAUCACUGUGAUUUUUAAAAUAUUUGUUUUUACCACAGUCAGUAUGCCGAUAAGCCUUUUUGGCGACCUGAGAUGAAGACGCUGCCAGAAGCACAUUAAUUGUUCCCACAUUUAGCCGAGGCGCAUGAAGCCACAAAAACUGAGCCUGAUCAUAAAAACCAUAAGAGGGUUGUUUUUCAUUUUUAUCCAGCGUGCGCCACAGAUCCGUUUCCUUUUCACUUGUUUACUGUAGCAAGCCGUACAUUAUUUUAAUGCAUUAUCUCUAGGGAUAUGUUAUAAGCUACUUUUAUUUACCUUUAAGGUUACUGACAGAUCCUACGGUUACACUGCAAACAUCUACUUUAAAUUCAUUUUUUAAGUGUUAAAACAGCCUAUAAAGACAGUGUUAAAUUGUAUUUUAUUCAGAUUUUUUUUAUGUCUGUUGAGCAGUAUAUGAAGUCACACAUGUGUCCUGAUUUUAAAAGACAAGAAAAAGAGUAACAAAAUGUUAGAAAAAAGCAUUGUUGCUUACUAAAGUCCUGUUGCUUGAACAAGGCACACACACUAAUGGUAUACUCGUGCUACUUCACUAUAAUUCUGACUAUAAUCAACUGAAAUAAACUGACAUAUCUCAAUGAACUGCAGCUGAAAUGUAAUUGUAGAGAACAAUAUAACUAUAAUAAUGUUCUUAAUGUAUUAAUUGCUUUUUACACUAUAGCCUGAGACUAUGGGAACAUCUUGUAUCAUCGCCCUAUCUGUUGUACAUUGUUCAUUUGACCAGAUGUGUAUUUUAAAUGCAGAUCAGUGUCUGAUGCUAAUGAACUAUGUACAGUGUAUAUACUGUAAUAAUAUGAUUUUAGAAAUGUCUUAAGAAGAUAUUCAAUAAAUGGGGAACUACAAUGUAAAACAUUUUGUAAAUUUCUUUCCUGAAUAAAUACAUUUGA